GGGGGAGGGGAUCGAGGCGAAGAAAAGAAAACAGCGAGAGGAGCGCAAGGAAGAAGUUAAAGACAAAGAGGGAGGACUCAAAUGAGAAGCUGUGAUGAGAGAGGAGUCGUGGAACACGUGGAGCCUUAUGGAUAAAAGAGUGCGUUUAUUUUAACGCUUGAGACGCGGAACGCUUGACAUUCAGAACAACAUAAGCACAGUUUAUAAAAAGAUUUAAGACAUGGCAGAAUUACCGAGCAACUGUGCAAAGAUUAAAUAACAUGUCAAAGUUGGUUAGACGCGUUUUCCAGGGUUUUUCAACAGAAAUGUACAGGAACAUCAUGGAAAAUCCGAGGACGCCGAGUUCACAGAAGAGUUGGAAGUUCUUGCGGGACUCUCUGCUGCUUUGCUUCUUUGCCGGCCGUGGAGACGCUCAGUGUGAUAGCUGUAUUGAGUAUUGCUGUGAUGGGGUUCCUCCGUUCUGCUGCUCUUACUAUGCGUAUGUGGGAGACGUGCUCUCGGGAACGGCGAUCUCAGGGAUCGUGUUUGGAGUGGUGUUUCUGAUGGGCGCGGUGGCCGCCAUCUUUCUGUGCAUCUGUAUGUGUGUGAAGAACAGCCGCGGGGCGAGAGUGGGCGUCUUCGGCUCGUCGUACAUCAACACCGUGACUCAGGGUUACCCAGGCCCUCCUCCUCCUUACAGCUAUGAUUGUGAGAUGUAUCCUCCUGAUCUACGGCCGCCUCCAUACACUCCCACUCCACCCAGAGCCACAAACUACUCUCCACCUCCACCCUAUCCAGGCUACAGCCACAAAUGAGCCUCCGUGUGUGUGUUAUUCUGAGGGGACACACAAAAUAAUGCACAAAAAUAAAAAAUGCCUGCACAAAUGCCACACUGGCGCUCCGUCAGUAAAGCAGGGAUUUGUAUUCACUUAACCAGCGCAAAGAUGAUUCUUACCCAAGGAUUGGAGUAUUUUUAUUUAUGACAUGGACAUUUAUGGUCUCAGAAACCUAAUGAACACUAAUAAACCUUAUUAGGCAACAUGAGACCAGGACAGGCCUGAAAACUCCACAAUGUAAAUGUUUUCUUGUGAUGCGGUUUGUUGAAGAUCAGUGUUAUUUCUUUAAUUGUCAAAUGGAAAUACAGUGAAAUGAACUGUUAAUAUGGGAGUAAACGUCAUGUCUUUUUUUUUUUUUUUGUUUACACCCUCAGAUUCCAGAUUUUCAAAUAUUGUCUCAUCCUAACAAACCAUCAUACAUCAAUGGAAAGCUGAUUUAUUCAGCUUUCAGAUGAUGUAUAAAUAUCAAUUUUAAAAAAAAUUACCCUUAUGACUGGUUUUGUGGUGUCUUGAUUAAUUUUUAUCAGCUGAGGAAAUAAUAUGGUAAAUGUAUUUAUUCAUAGAAAUUUGAAAGAGCAGGUUGUAUUUGUAGUUGGCUACUGUUACGAAAAACACACCAGGUGUAGUUAACUGUGUGCCGAUUGUGUCCGAACAGCAAAACAUUAAUGCAAUUUAUGUCUGUUUUUACUUUUCAUAAUAAAACUGAAGCCUGCA